AUGGCUAUGGCUGUUGCACUGCCCAAUAACAAGUCUUUUACAAAUGGUAAUGAUAAUCAUCUUGAAAUAUUCAGUCUCAUCUGGCUCUGUGCUGCUGAUAACAACGAAGAUUGUCAAAACACGGAACAAAAACUGCGUACUAUCAUCAAUCAUUUCAAGAAAUUUCAAGAUGUAAAAGAAUGUGAGGAAUACGUUAAACAAAGGUCAAAACAAGAUCGACUAGUGCUCAUUAUUAGUGAUGAAUUAGGUCAAGAAAUAGUGCCCUCCGUUCAUAAACUGCGACAAGUUUCAUCAAUUUACGUCUACUGUAAAGAUAAGAAAGGCAAUGAACAAUGGUCCAACAGGUUUGCCAAGGGCGUUGUUGUUGAAAUCGACGAACUUGUUUCUCAAAUCAAAGCAGAUCAUAAAGUUCAGGAGAAAGAGGAAGAGCCGUUAUCAAUGAAUAUGUUCACCACAGGCAAAUCAACAACAGGAAUCAAUGACCAAUUCGAGAAAUUAAAUGCUCAACUUUUACAAUGUGCUAUCGAUCUCAAUUUGGGAAUUAAUUUAGAACACACUUUUGACCGCAAACAGGAUGAACUCGAUCAACGAAAUGACCUAAAUACAGUUCAAGAUAAACUUCAUGAGAUCGCAUCGAUGAUGGUACGACAACAACAAGAACAACUUCAUCAUCUUCAAGGUAUUGAGAAACACAUCAAACAACGAUACAAUUCUUAUAAGCAUCAUCUCGAACAGAAUAUUAUUCGAGCAAACGAUUCUGUCAAAGCCAAGAAACUAAUAAAUGAAGAACAUUCUUUUCUUCAGAUCCCAUAUUAUGAUUUAAUUCAAGAGGAGAAUAUUGGACAGGGUGGAUUUGCUGAUGUUUAUCGUGGAAGAUGGCUUUCUCAAGAUGUCGAAGUAGCUAUAAAAGUCAUUCGAAUUCAGUAUCUGGGAGAGAGAGUUAAGGAAGACUUUAUAAAAGAAAUUUCGACCAUGAAUAGGAUUCGCUAUGAACAUAUCCUCAACAUGUUUGGUGGUUGCAUGGAACCAGAAAAGUAUGCACUUGUUGUUGAGUACAUGUCCCUCGGUUCUCUGCACGAUGUUUUGAAACAAAAGACAAUACAACUGACAUGGUCUGCUCGAUGGUUGAUCGCAUUUCAGAUGACCAAAGGCAUCAAUUAUUUGCACACACUUCCAAAACCAAUUAUCCAUCGUGAUAUAAAGUCGCACAACGUUCUCAUGACCGAAAGUGCUCAAGGUUUUCUCGUCAAAAUCGGUGAUUUUGGUCUAGCUAAAAUUCGUCACGAAACCUCGCAACAGCCUACGCAUGGUCCUGUUGUUGGCACCUUACCAUGGAAAGCACCGGAAUUACUCAGAAUGGGAAAACAUACUGAGGCUAGUGAUAUUUAUGCCCUGGGAAUCGUGUUUUGGGAACUAGCCACAGGAUGUGAGCCAUACGAAGAUGCUGAUGAUGCGACGAUAAGUGCAUUUGUCAGAGGAGGAGACCGGCUGGAUAUUCCAGCAGAUACUCCCGAGCUGUUUGCGAAGCUUAUUACUAACGCCUGGGCACAAGAGCCCAAACAAAGACCGACUUGUCAACAGCUUAUGCAUUCGCUCAAGGAGCAGUGUUCUGAGCCCGACACAUCCGGGAAAAUUAAGGUGAGAACGUGCUGUUCGCUUUUCGUCUCCUGUUUCCCGUGUCGCUACGAAAAGAAGUCAUUAUAAAUGAUGUUCUUGAUCCUUCAGUAUUUUUAGGAAUUCAUUUUAAAAAAUCGAUCGAUUUUUUUGAAUGAUGAGAAGAUAGACUAUUUUUGAUAGCAAUAUCGACAGAUGAAUCUGUAUUUCUUACAAAUUUUAGAUUUUGCAUGUGUUAGAAUCACUGAUACAUUCAAAACGAAUUGAAUUGAAUUCAUAUUGAACCUAAAGGGUUAGAGAACAAUAAGGAAUUCACUAGUUGCAUAACUAAUUACAAGUUUGUUUUCAAAAUAUAUCCAAGAACCGAUUGAGAGUAACGAAAUACAGUUUAUUUCUAUCUUUAUGUGGAAAGGAUUAACACCACCAAGUCAACCAUAUUGAUCCCACUACAUAUCUGUGAUACUUAAAACGUGUUUAACCCGUUAACCGUUAUUGACGAAUAUAUGCGUCAAAGCAAUCUUAAUAAAAAAAAAUGACGACUAAAAAUCCUCAACUCUGUUUUUUCUUCUUGUUAUUUUUCUAAGAAAACUUUCAAAAAUGAUAGAUACAGAAGCUGAGAAUUCAAAAGAAAUUGUUUCAAUAAUUAAUUGGCAAAUCAUACGCAGCUAUUAUAUCUGUCUAUACUUGAUAUAUGCAAAUGUCCCUGUUACCAUCGGCAAUAUUCAAAUGAUGAUUUAUUCAUGAAAACUUUAAGAGUCCGGUAUCAGCUGUUGCUUUACGAGUUAGUUUAAAAUUUGAAAGAUAGAUAUUAAAGCGGAUCAAAAUGUUGCGCAGCAUAUGCCACAUUACGAUAGCAUACUGAUGAUUGAUUAAUAUAUUUGUGUUCAUACAACAGGAAGACAUGAAUGAUCCUCAACGACCAACACCAAUAACGAGCGAAGGAUUAGAAACCGUAAGCAUUUCUCACAGUUAUACGUACAAACACAUUUAAUUUGCUAUUCUGUAGAUCAUGGAUCAAUCCAACAACGUUCGCUACAACAUACCGAUGGACAACUUAACACAAUCAACGACAGGUCAGAAUUUGUGUGAUUUUUUUAUAAUCACAAUCAUAGCCUCAGAUGAGGGGAACCAUCUCAAUCAAUUUUGUUUUUGUUUUGAGGACUAAGCUCUAACAAAGAAUUUGAAACUGACCUUUGUUACCAGAAUAGAAUCGAAAAAUCACGAGAGAAAUAUUUAGUUGCUGGCUUCUGCAUGGAAACUUAACUCCUCUACACUGUUCGAUACUCGAUAAUGAGUUGAACACCUAUAUAUACAAAUGUCGAGUUUGUGAGUGUAAAGUGUUGGAAAUUCAAAAUUUCAACAAACCUUUAUUGUCGAUCUUUAGCAUGGUUUGAUAGAGCUCGUCGAGUUAUCUAUAAAAAUGUUGUUUUUAAUAUUUUCAGAUUGUUUUUUCUACAAAAACUUUUUAGAAUAGUAUAAUAUCCAAAAAUACCCCAACAAUGAUAUGACCUCUAAAAUAUGGGCGGUGUAGUGCCAUAUUCUUGCAUUUAACAUUAUUUUUGUCUUCCAAAAAUACUUUAUUUGAAACUCUUAUGAAAGCUCGAUAUAUAAAAAAACAACUUUGAACUAACUUAGAUGAAGAAAAGGACUGAACAAUCGAUCCUGUCACAAGUAAGGCUAUAGAUAGGACUGAUUGCCUCCAAGGAAGCACCUUCCGAGGAUAUAAACUCUUCAUAGAUACACGUUUAAAUAAUUCUUUUUACUUAUUUAUAACUGUGUCAGAUGCUAAAAAUCUAUGUAUGGAUUUUGGAUAAGCUCGCUCCUUUAUUGAGAAAAUUGGAUUUCUUUCAAUAUCAGUGACAAAACCAUAGAAAACUGUUAAAAUUAUCAUCAUAUUUAGUAGUUUUUUUUAUCAUAGCUCAAUUUGAGAGCAGAAAACAAAAAAUAGCAUAUUCAGAAUCAAUGCGAAAAACUACAUCGAAACAUAUUUUGGCAAAAUAAAUAUUUUAAUCAAAACUGACGUGACGGAACCCACGAGGAAAGUUUUGGAAAAGAACUGUUGAGAGAGACCACAAGCAAAUUUUGGUUAGAAAAUUUAUUUUACCAAAAUAUAUGUUUCGAUGUAGUCUUUCGCGUUGUUUCUGAAUAUGCUAUUUUUUGUUUUCUGCUCUCAAAUUGAGCUAUGAUAA